AGCGUAUACGUUAUUUGCUGCGUGGCGUCAAGGCCGUUGGGUUCUGACUGAUAAGAACGCUAGACGAUUACAAGACACGAGCACAGUCAAGUUAGACACUAUUUUCCAUACAGAAGAAUGCCGUACAAAGUCUUUGUUACGCGUAAUAUACAAAAACCAGGCCUGGAGGUCUUGGAGAAAAAUGGUUGCGAACUGACAAUCUGGGAUAGUGCAGACGCCAUUCCAUACGACAAGCUAAUAGAGAAUGUGCAAGGAAAGGGUUACGAUGCCAUCCUUUGCAUGCUCACUGACAAAAUUGAUGCUAAGGUAUUGGAUGCAGCAGGUCCCCAGCUACAGGUGGUUUCCACGAUGUCUGUGGGCUAUGAGCACAUUGACCUAGAUGAGUGCAAGAAACGAAACAUCAUAGCCACAAACACUCCCAAUGUCUCCACUGACAGUGUUGCCGAAUUAACAGUUUCCUUACUGCUUCUGACCAGUCGUCGCAUCAAAGAAGCAUGUUAUGCUCUUCGGGAGGGACAGUGGCACGGCUGGCACCCUACCUGGCUUUGUGGCACAGAGCUCUGCAAUAAAAAUGUAGGGAUCUUUGGUUUUGGUCGCAUUGGCUACAAUGUUGCCCGCCGUAUUGUUCCUUUUGGCAUAAAGCAACUGUAUUAUCAUGAUGUGGUGGAGAUCUCAUUUGCCCGAGACGUGAAUGCUCAUUUCUGUCCAACUAUCGAAGAAAUGCUUCCAAAAAUUGACUUCCUGUGCAUCUGUUGUAACCUUACUCCCCAGACCAGACACCGCAUCAAUGCCACCACCAUGGCUUUAAUGAAGAAAACAGCUAUCAUAGUCAACACAGGCCGUGGUGGGGUUAUCAACCAUGAUGAUCUUUAUGACUGCCUAGUGAAGGGCGUGAUCCAGGCAGCAGGUCUGGAUGUGACAGAACCUGAGCCAUUGCCCAAGGACCACAAACUUGUCAAACUACCCAAUUGCUGCAUCACUCCUCACAUGGGAUCCAACACCUGGGACUCACGCGACAUGAUGUCCUUGACGGCUGGCAACAACAUUUUAGCUGUUUUUAACAAGGGACACCCUGUGAGUUCCGUUGCAAUGCCUUAAUCAGCCCAGGCUUCAAGUGUGCUAAGCUGUGGCUGAAACGAAGUUUGACAUGGUAGUAUUCCAUUUUAGCAAAAAUUGUGCAAGAAAUCUGCAACUGGAU